GUGCAGCCGGUCGAAAUGCUUCACGGUGCGAUACUCAUCAAAUCCACACGAUAGUUGUUGCGCGAUCGCGUUAUGUGAGAGGAACAAUGCUUUAUUUGGCGUUGAUUCUGAUGCUCAUGAUCGGCGUAAGCAAAGGAAUGUGUCCGAACAUGUGUGAGUGUAGGUACUACCCUAGAGACGACUUGCCGAAAACUUCAUUCUACUUCACUUCGGUUAGUUGCAAUGUGUAUCAACCAAACACUAUUAGAGAACUCGAUAAUACUACUCGGCAGUUCCGAAUAAGUAACGUGAAUAAAACACAGUUGUUGAGUGUCAUUAAGUGCUUGAAGGACCACAAAUCGAGUUUACCAAUUCUCACUGAUCUAACAAUAAGCAAAAGUGAACUUAAUUACGCCAAUGAGACUAUCCAAGGAUUAGAGUGGAUCCAGUCUCUGACAUUAACUGACAAUAAACUCACGGUGCUCCCGCAUUUAUUUCUGAACUUGCCGACCCUGAAGGAUAUUGAUCUUUCUCAAAACACGUUCGAGAACAUUGACGACAGCUCUUUUUGGAUCUUUCAAUCUUUGGAAUCCCUGAACCUCAGCGUUAAUGCAAUAGCUAACAUAAAUAACAAAGGAUUUCUGGGCCUUGAAAAUCUGAAGUGCCUAGAUCUAUCUAGAAAUGAAUUGACCUCAAUCAGCAAGCUCGUCCUAGCUCCACUACAGUCUCUUCAGUACCUAAACCUUAGCAGCAAUCAGUUGGAGGUCUUAGACGAGACCUGUUUCUCCCAACUAACCGCUCUUCAGCAGCUCGAUAUUUCAUGGAAUCAACUCUCUCGCAUUGCCCCCGGGUCUCUCGAACUUCCUAGCUUAACACGUCUACUACUAGCCGGCAAUGUCAAACUGGGAUCAUCACGGGACUCUGCAGUUCUCGUGGGCACCGGUCGUAAACUCCAAAUAGUCGACGCUUCACGAACAGGACUCAAGCAGGUUCCGGCCGCUCUAACACAUUCGAUACGAUCUCUUAGAUUAGCGGGCAACAACAUACGGUCGGUAAGUUGCGGUGAUUUGGACUCGUACCCUCUGCUGCAACUUCUCGAUUUGGCAUCCAAUGAUCUUAUAACACUAGAAGAAGACGCACUCGGCCGGCUGGAUUCUCUUGCCGUCCUCUAUCUCUCAGACAAUAACAUACAGGAAAUCCCCAGGAGUCUUCCGGAGAAACUGAAAGCCCUCCACGUCGAGCAUAAUAACGUGGAAAAAGUGUCGGAGAAGGAUCUUCACGGAUUGGUGGUACUCGAGGUGCUGCUGCUCAACGACAAUAAGAUCAGCGUAAUAGAACAAGGCGCUUUCAGUCAUCUACAAUCUCUGGCAACGCUGGAUUUGUCGAGAAACCCUGUCAUAGUUCUUCAACCAGGAAGUCUGACGGGACCGUUUGCACUACAGGUAUUAAGGCUCUCGUCAAUGAGAAUAAUAUCCCCAGCAGAGGAAAACUCUUUUCCAUUAUCCACUCCAGAUGAUUUAAUCACACUGGAUUUAUCAGAUAGUCCUGGACUAGCACGCCAACUUUUGGCGGAUACGGCGACUUUAGUAGCCUCAAAACAGUUGCAGGAGUUGGAUUUGUCAGGAACGAACUUGGAGUAUAUAAGAUCGGAUCUACUCCAUUUCCUGCCACAGUUACGAUAUCUUCAUAUUAGACGCAAUCGCUUGAAUUGCACGCAACUACACUGGCUAGGAGCGUGGCUGAGGCGACAAGAUACGUUGGAAUACCGCGACGUUGUAUGCUCUAGUCCCCCAGAUUUAUGGGGAGUGCCACUAGUCGACAUACAGGAAACGGAAGGUUCAACUGAUGAUUCAAUAAUGGUAACUGAGCUGAACUUUAUACAUAAACAACUAUCGAGUAUGUUGAAAGUGCAAAAACCCUUCGUCUUUGAAAAAGGAAAUAAAAAUAUAACCAAAAAAGUAGUUGUUGAAGACUUGCAUUUCGAAAACGAAUUAUUCAAAAACAAAUCAAUUCUAACUUCUACUUCAAUAAGUUUCGAAGCAAAGCAAGCAUUAACUGCUCUUUUCCAGGGGUCCGAAUCGCUCGGAGACGAUGAGAAUGGCUUUAACGAGACAGGUAAAGUGGCAAUUACCGAAACUUUGAAUCCUUUUAAACAAACCACCGUGAUGACGGCUCAAAAUGCUAAUGAGACGCCUGAAUCCGCAAGUAAUAGACCGUCUCCGAGCGAUAGCAGCUUCAUAUCUAAGUUUUCUCGGGAUUUACUCAUCGCUCGCGACGAGAAGAGUUUUAAUAAAUCUUCAGAAGAGUCGGUGGAAUCGGGAUCGAUGGUAACUUCGCCGCAGUGGGACGGGAAGAUGUCGAUGUACACCAACAAUAAAAAGAACGGUAACUUUGUGCAUCCCGGAAUGCUAAUUCUCGCUGUGGGGGUGGUAGCUGCCGGGGCGGUUUUUCUUGUGUUGGCGGUUCGAUUCGUAAGGAAUAAAAAAGCAUACAGGGAGGAAGACAUCGAGGUGGCCAUCAGCCUGCCCACCGUUACCGAUCUGUGGUGACAUCUGCAGGGUGUCGAUGACGAGCGCAGAGUGCUCUAUGAAACUUCCGUCACUUAGACGUUCGCUUGUGAUAAACGUGGAUUCUAUUUUGUAUGUCUCAACUAUUUUGUACUUGAAUUGUAAAAUAUUGUAGAAAUGGAUGAAAUGCUAUAUAUAUUUAAAGGCUGGAGCAUAAAUAUAGGAUGUCUUUC